GGCGGGGCGGGGCGGCCGGGCUCGGCCCGGUGGCCGCGGGCCCCGAGAGCGGCGGGACGGAGCGACAGGAGCGGGACGGAGCGGGGCGGCGGGGCGACGGGACGAUGCUGUUCUCGCUGCGGGAGCUGGUGCAGUGGUUGGGAUUCGCCACGUUCGAGAUCUUCCUGCACGGCCUGGCGCUGCUCGUGUUCUCGGUGCUGCUGGUGCUGAAGCUGGACAGCGAGGCCUCCCCGCUCUCCUGGUGGGUCGUUUUCGUCCCGUUCUUCGUGGCCGACGGGCUCAGCACGUAUUUCACCGCCAUCGUGUCGGUGCGGCUGUUCCAGGACGGCGAGAAGCGGCUGGCGGUGCUGCGGCUCUUCUGGAUCCUCACCAUCCUCAGCCUCAAGUUCGUCUUCGAGAUGCUGCUGUGCCAGAAGCUGGUGGAGCGCUCCCGGGAGCUGUGGUACGGGCUCAUCAUGUCGCCCGUCUUCAUCCUCCUGCAGCUGCUCAUGAUCCGGGCCUGCCGUGUCAACUGAACCCGUGGGGCCCAUCCCGACCCAGUGUGUGCGAUGGGGCCGGACGCAGGGUUGGGGUGGGAGGAGCAGCCCGUGCUUUGUGCUUCUUCACAAGAUGCUUUUGCAUUCCAGGCUCGCUCAGCCCACGGUGUGAGUCUCAAACUGUCUCCAGUGCAGCACUUUGUAAAUGCCGGGUGUGUUAUUUGAAAAUAAAAGCGCAUGGGGUGAGCUGGUU